CACGUGUAAAGAAGUUGCAGACCAGAGGGUUGACGUCAGUGUUGUGCCACAGGAUGAUUGCAUAUAAGAAGGAAAAGAUACAGUAGUCCGGUUCCCGGAAGUGGCGUCUUUGAGUCGGUCACUGGAAUUUUGAUAUUUUGCUGCAGACAAUGGACGAGGAGCAUCUCGCGACUCUGAAGAUUCUCUUAAUCGGGGAGAGUGGAGUGGGCAAGUCGAGCCUUCUGCUAAGGUUCACAGAUGGCACAUUUGACUCUGAAAUUGCCUCAACUAUUGGGGUUGACUUCAAAGUGAAAACAAUGAGAUUUGAUGGAAACAAUGUAAAGCUUGCAAUAUGGGACACAGCUGGGCAGGAGCGAUUUCGGACAUUGACACCCAGCUAUUACAGAGGUGCUCAAGGUGUCAUUUUAGUGUAUGAUGUCACAAGAAGGGAAUCCUUUGUAAAGCUUGAGAAUUGGCUGAAUGAAUUGGAUACCUACAGCACAAAACAUGGUAUCGUUAAGAUGUUGGUUGGGAAUAAAAUUGACAAGGUAAAUCAUGAAGUUGAUCGGAAUGAAGGACUUAGGUUUGCCAGAAAGCAUUCAAUGCUUUUUAUAGAGACAAGCGCUAAAACCUGCGAUGGAGUUGUGUGUGCUUUUGAGGAAGUGGUAGAAAAAAUAAUCCAAACCCCUGGACUCUGGGAAGCUGAGAAUGUUAACGCAGUGAAGCUUUCAGACUUUGCCUCCGAUCAGGAUGGAGCAUGUGGUGGCUACUGUUCCUUAUUAUAAAAUAAUUUGUAAUGACCCAUGUCUUAAUACCAUUACAGUCAAGGGUAUUUUAAGUGUCAAUUCAGCUCUGCCUGUAAGCACAGAAAGCUGCUUGGGUCUGGAACACUAAGGAGACAGUUCACUGCCUUAAUGAAUUCACUCACAUUUUUGGUAUAAUCUUCAUCUGAGAGACUUUCACAUUGUCUUUCUGGCCACUUAACUUGACCUUCUGGCCUUAAUAUGUCAUAUUAAGUAAUUUUGAGGAUUUCAAGAAUGUAUUUCAUUUUGAUCACAGUGCAAAACUUGAUGGCUAUGACAAUUGCCUCAAAGUUGCGGGAAUCAACAUUGUAGGUUCCUGCAAUUUAAUACAUUUCUAUUACGAUUCCUUCUUCAUGAUGCUUCUCUUGGGAGCAGAAUAACUGUGUGUCUGCUAGCCUGAUGUGAGGGCACUCUAGAUUAUUGAUGUCCUGAGUUUUUCUUGUUGCAUGAUAAGGAGGAAUAGAUUAUGCUUUUGAUAAGUAAGGAAUUUUUGAUUUAAUCAAAUCAUGAUUAGAGACUAAUCUUGGAACCAUGACAAUUUGAUGUGUCCCUCUGCCCUUCUACUUAAACUCUGCAAGGAUACCUCACUCUAAAGUUGUGGUCUUGUGCAAUAAUGUUCUAUGGUGCCAUUAAUUAAUGCAGAGUAAUUGUAUAAUCACAUGUUACUAAUAAUUAUAAAAAUACUCUUGUAAGGGCUGUGUUGAUGACUAGGCUUAUUUCAAGUAAUAUUGUGAGCUUCAUUUUCUGCAUGGUCUUACUGAGUUUUACAUUGGUCUAUUUGCAGUAUUAAUUUUAAUUGAAAGCACAUUCAUAGGAAGAGAGGGUGAAAGCAACAUUAGAUUAAGCUGCAAACUGCUCCAUAUGAAAACAGAUCUACUAUGAGUGGUUCAUAAUCACUCUGAAAUUCCCAGUACUUUUCAAGACUAGUUUCAUUUGUAUUCUAAACUGUCUGCACAAUUUGUAUAUGAAGUGUAAUCUAUUUAUUAUGUUUUUUUCCAAAUGAUCUACCACUUGCUGGAUUUGUGAGUUAACAGUGUUUAGAAACUAUGUUCUAGAAUGGGAAAUGUUGAUACGUUCCAAUGUAAGUGUGAGCAAUAAUAAAGAGCAACUUACCUACUGUUUCAUUUUCAAA